GUGUGCCAAAUCCUCCCAUAAGGCCUACGCUUCCAUGUAAUAUAUGUUCUCUGAUACUACUAACAAAUAAUACUCCAAAACCUUACGCCUUUUUGUCUCAUACCUUUUCUUUCUUUUUUAUCGUACGAAAUUUUUGAAUUUCAAUGCAAUGUCAUUCCUCCAUUACCCAAUGAUGUAAAUAGAAUUAAAGAAUGCAUCAUAUUAUUUUAGAACAUUUCUGCGCCACUGCAAUAUUGAGCUACAGUUCUACUUCGUGAGUGUAAUCGGACCUUUUUUUGAAGUUAAUAUAUAUCUUGUUAAAAGCCAUUAGUAGUUUUAUCUAAAUCAUUGCCAUUUGUAUUACUUGGAACAUCCAUCCCACCCUCUUCCCUUUUAUCGAUAGGGUCCUGCUAAAGAUACAGUGACAGUUAUAUAUAGGAGCACUAAGCAAGUUCCUUUAUCAGACUGUGAUCUGUUCUUAUAUGAUCACCACGCAACAGUAUCUCUGCCAUUUAUAAGUGGAUACCAGAUUUCUGACAGCUAUGGCAUCUAAUCAAAUUGAUAAAGUACUAAAGAUAUAUAAGUCUGUGGUACAAAAUCCUUCUUUGUCUACUGCCAAAAUUAUAAGAGUUGUAGGUAAUGGAGUGACAGUGCAAAGUAAGUGGUCUCAAAGGAAUCUUGAGAGACGUACAAACCAGCGUUUUGUACAGGAGCAUGUAUUAGAUUCUAAUCUUCAGGUUGUAUCAGAGAGCUUUCCUAUUGAUAUAACAACAGAGGUUGUAUCUGUAUUAUCUGACGAUGAGCAACGUAGAGCUGUACUAAGGUCAGCAACAGUUGACAAUGCUUCCAGACAAUUUAUAGAAAUCUGGGAUAGGCAGCACCUUGUCAAAAAUUAUGACUUAACUGCUCUGGAUGUACAUGGUGAUGUGUAUACCGACUCUGAGUUUGGCGCGUUUCAAUGGUCUCCGGAUAAGAGUAAAUUGCUUUACAUUGCUGAAAAAAAUAUUCCCAAAUCAGAAGCAUUUUAUAAACAAAAAUCAGUAGACAAAAAGGAAAAAGAAAAAAGAGAAGAAGAGGAAACGAUAAAAGGAAACGAAUAUAUAUACAAACCUCAUUGGGGAGAGCAAUUGGUAGGAAAGCACAGGCCUGUCGUAGUGAUUCUUGAUACGAAUACAGAUACGAUUAAUGCCUUAACCGGAGUACCGGAUGACCUAUCCCCUGGCCAGGUACUUUGGACUCCAGAUGGCCAAGACGUCGUAGGUGUAGCAUGGAGACACGAACCCAGGUAUCUAGGUCUCAUCGCCUGUUCCAACAGAGAUUCAUGGAUCUUCUUACUGAAGAAUGGAGAAUUCAAAAAAAUAUCUUUAGAUGGAUAUGCAGUGCGUUCACCCCGAUUCAGUCUGGAUGGAAAAUAUCUUGUCUGGUUGGAAAGGGAAGCUGAUGGACCACAUCACAAUGCUCACAGAUUGAUGCGAAUGGAAUGGGAAGCAUCCAGAGAAAAGAUGGACAUACUGAUUGACGUUAUUCAUAUCAGUAUUACAAUUAAUAAUGAGAAACAAUUCUACGGAUUAUAUGAUCGAAGUUUACCUAGACGAUGCUGGAGUGCAGACUCUAAGUAUUUAUUUUUGAGUACGGCUCAACGCUCGAACGUUAGAUCAUACGUCGUUAAUGUUGAAACGAAGGUCAUUACUGAAAUCGAAAACGACAGCAGCAGCCUGACAAUUUUGGAUGUGAGAAACGACGUAAUCGCCUUUGUCAGAACAUCCUUGAUAGAACCUUCUCGGCUUGCAAUAGGCCGUUUCAAUUCGCAGGCCUCUAACAUUGGAAAUAUUACAAGAACCGAAAUUACUUCUCCGCAAGAUAUUCCUGGCCUUGAGAAUAUCAAGUAUGAGCAAAUCGAACACUUGUACGACAACAAUGAUGAAGUUAAGCAAUUCAAUUCCAUAUACUUUGGACCAAAGGAUGGUGACCUCAAAUCGACUCCGUUAAUAGUAGCACCUCAUGGAGGACCUCAUGCUUCAUUCGCAAAUGUUUUUUCUCUGGACCAUACUGUCUUUGCCCUGCUGGGAUUUGGAAUACUCCAAGUCAACUUCCGAGGAUCUACUGGAAUGGGUGCAAAGAAUGUGGAGUUCCUCCAAGGAAAAGUGGGCGACGCCGACGUCAAGGACUGCAUCGAAGCGACGCAAGAAGCUUUGCGCAGAUUUCCUUGGCUAGAUCCAAUGCGUAUGGGUCUCUCCGGUGGGUCUCACGGUGGCUUCCUGGUGGCUCACUUGAGCGGCCAAUAUUCGAAUUUAUUUAGGGCUGUUGUAGCGAGAAAUCCAGUGAUCGACAUUGCCGCCAUGUAUACUAUAUCAGAUAUACCAGACUGGUGUACUGCUGUAAUUGCGUAUCCUUUCCAUGAGUCAAUACCGCAACAAAAAUCCGUGGAAAUGUUCGUCAAGAUGUUUAACUGUUCACCAAUUGUCCAUGCUGACAAAGUACGCGCACCAACUUUGAUUUGCAUUGGUACCAAUGAUCUGCGGGUACCGUGUUCUCAGGGAAUACUUUGGUACCAUCGCCUGAAGGCCAAUAAUGUCAAGACUAGGAUGCUAGUCUAUGAGGACAAUCAUCCAUUGGGAUCAGGUCCUGUAGAGAUUGACAAUAUUAUUAAUGGAGCCCUGUGGCUAUUGGAGCACACUGCCGCACAAGAACCGUAAAAUUCUGUCACGUUUGAAAUUGAAUUUUUUGUACGAGCCGCCAAAAUAUAUUAGAUAAUAUGAAUAAACAAGUGUCUUUUAUUGUCCUUGAAUAUUUGACAAAAAAAAACUUAAAUGCACUAAGUGCGUAUCAGAUUAUGUCUCACACAAAUAAAGAAUACUUGCAAUUA